AUGGCGCAAGAAUUCAGGCUCAAGGACAUCUCAUCUUUGACAGACAUCAAAGAGUUUGACAAGGUCGAGUCCGAGGUGGAGGGCGUGCAGGAUGGCAAGGUCCUGGUCCUUAAGUUUGACGGGCAGGUCCAUGCCAUGAGCCCCAAGUGCACCCAUUACGGCGCUCCGAUGAAGCUUGGGGUGGUUUCGCCGGAUGGACGCAUCACUUGUCCUUGGCAUGGAGCUUGCUUCAACAUCUAUACUGGCGAUGUGGAAGAUGCACCAGCCCCAAAUGCCCUGAACAAGUUUGAGGUCUACGAGAAGAACGGCGCGGUGUAUAUCAAGGGAGACGAGUCCGCCAUCAAAUCUGGUCAACGAGACCCGGUGUUUAAAUGCAGUGCUUCGGCGCCAGACAGAGUGGUCAUUGUUGGAGGUGGAAGCGGAACUCUCGGUGUGAUCCAGGCAAUUCGCGAACUGAAGUACAAAGGAGCAAUCACGAUCAUCUCGACGGAACUCAACAUCAUUAUUGACCGGACCAAGCUUUCCAAAGCGCUAAUCCCUGACCCUAAAAAGAUCGAAUGGCGCCCCAAGGAGUGGUACGAUGCAGCGUCGAUAGAAACCAUUUCCGACGAAGUGACCUCGGUGGAUUUCUCGGGCAAGAAGGUUUCUACCAAGUCCGGCAAGACCGUCCCAUACUCGAAGCUGGUUCUUGCCACGGGCGGUAUUCCUCGCACUCUACCCUUGCCUGGGUUCAAGGACUUGGGGAACAUCUUUCUUCUACGCUUCAUCACGGACGUGCAGAACAUCCUGCAGGCCGUGGGCGACAAGGGCAAGAAGAUCGUCGUCAUCGGUAGUUCCUUCAUUGGAAUGGAAGUCGGCAAUGCCCUAUCCAAGGAGAACCAGGUCAGCAUUGUCGGAAUGGAAUCGGCCCCCAUGGAGCGCAUCAUGGGCGACCAAGUCGGCCGCAUCUUCCAGCGCAACCUCGAGAAAGCCGGUGUGCAAUUCUACCUGAACGCCUCCGUGGCCAAGGCAACCCCGUCAGAGUCCGACUCUAGUGUAGUCGGCGCCGUGCACCUGCAGGACGGUACUGUCCUCCCUGCGGACCUGGUCAUCAUUGGCGUCGGAGUCCGCCCUGCCACGGACUUCCUGCGGGGUAACCCAGCCAUCCAGCUGGAGAAAGACGGCUCUAUCAAGACGGACGAGUUCUUUGCCGUGCCCAGUCUGCAGAAUGACGUCUACGCCAUCGGUGAUAUCGCGACGUACCCGUAUCACGGACCCGGCACCGAUCCGGGGACGGGCACCUACACGCGCAUCGAGCAUUGGAACGUGGCGCAGAAUGCCGGCCGGGGCGUCGCCCGCGCCAUCGUCCACAGCCUCUCGUCGUCGCAAAAACUGCUGAAGCCCAAACGCUUCAUCCCCAUCUUCUGGUCUGCCCUCGGCGCCCAGCUGCGCUACUGCGGCAACACUCCUAACGGAUGGGACUCGCUCGUGAUGAAGGGGGAGCCUGAGAACGCCAAGUUUGUCGCGUACUACUGCAAGGGUGAGACCGUCGUCGCCGUCGCGACCAUGGGCAUGGACCCUAUCAUGACCAAGUGCUCCGAGCUGAUGAGGCGGGGCAACAUGCCUACCAAGUCCGAGAUAGAGGGCGGGGUGGAUGUUCUGGCUGUGGAGGUGCCAAAAAAUGUUACUAUUUAA